AUGAAGUUAUUCCAAAACAGUUAUAGUUUUGAAUAUCCGUGGGACCAAGUAACUGCAGCUAACUGGAAGAAAUAUCCAAAUGAAAUAUCUACACACGUCAUCGCUGUGGAUGUUCUGAGAAGGGAAUUGAAAGACGAAGAUAAGGUCUUGGUUACAGAACGUUUAAUUACAGUGAAACAAGGUGUUCCCAAAUGGAUAAUGAUGAUGCUUGGGGGCACUAAUACGAGUCAUGUAAGAGAAGUUUCAGUGGUAGAUCUGAAUAAUCAGAGCUUAACCAUGAGAAGCUGCAACUUGACGAUGUGUAAUUUAUUGAGAGUCUACGAAACAGUAACAUAUAGCCCGCACCCAGAUGACUCUGCUAAUAAAACACUUUUCCAGCAAGAGGCCCAGAUUACUGCAUACGGAUCUAUAAGGAAACUGUGUAACAAGGUAGAAGAUUGGUCCGUGCAAAGAUUUUGCGAGAACGCUAAAAAGGGUAAAAUGGGAUUCGAUACUGUUUUGCAAUUAUUCAGCGAAAACUGGGAAAAACAUGUUGAUGAUUUGAGUAAUCAAAUCGUCAAUAAAGUUAACGAAACUGUGGAAGACGUCAAAAUAUCCGCAGGGACUCUUUUCAAAGGAUCUGAAAGAGGCGGUAGAACCAUUUUGCAGCAAAAUAUUGAUCUGUUUAGAGAAGCAUACAACCACGAAAACUAG